ACGCGGAAAUCUACAAAACUUGCUAAGUAUCUGGUAUCUAAAGGGAUAUCAGUCGGAGACAGCGUUGCUAUUAUGGGAUCAAAUAAUCUGGAAUGGAUCGUUGGUGAGUUCGCCAUUUUUAUGGCUGGUGCCGUGGCUGUCCAGUGUCAGGGAACCUGUGAAGUGUUCAACGAAACUGUGAGUCUGUUGAAAGCUUCCAAAUGCAGAGCUGUUCUGCUCGAUCCGCAGCUUGAACCUGUGUAUCAGUCGGAGAUGGAGAAUUUUUUUCAGCAAAAGGAAACGCCGAUGGUUGUGUUACUUAGAAAGCCUACGGGUGUUGAUUUACCUUACAUUGGUGACGUAUUAUCCGCAGAGGAGGAACCUGCCGUGUCAUUGCCAAGAGUUCAACCAGAGAGUUCAGCUCUUAUUUUCACGACUUCUGGGUCGUCUGGAGUUCCAAAAAUGGUUGAAUUUACGCAUAUGGCAGUAACCAAUUCACCAAUGGCAAACUUUUUCUCUACAGAGAAUGAUAUCACUUUCUCAGAUAGACCAUUUUUUUGGUUAGGGGGAACCCCAAUCUACAGCAUUGUAGGAGGAUUUCCUCGAAUUUUCACAAAUCCAAAAAUUGUUCUGAAAGGGGAGAACAUUCAAUAUGUUUGGAAAAUCCUGAAGAUGGAAAGGUGUACUAUUACAUCGCUUUUCCCGUAUGCUUUGAAAAAUCUUCUUGACAAUGAAGAAGAUAUCCUGAUAAUGGAAUACAAACCUAUUUUGAUUGCCACUGGUGGCCAAAUACCUGGAAGUCACCUGAAUGCAAUUUCUGGAAAAUUUUGCGAAAAUAUAUACAGUGUCUAUGGAAUGACAGAAACAGGUAUCGCAACAAAGGUAUUCCUGACAGUGGAUACAGAAGUAGGGCACGUUGGAGAAAUGGUACCUGGAUAUGAAGCCAAAAUUAUUGGAGACGACGACAAAACUCUGAACUGUGGUAAAAUUGGUGAAAUUGUCUUACGAUCUCCGUGGAUGUUGAAAGGAUAUAGGGACUCUCCAGAAUUAACCAAGGAUUCCUUCACUGAACGAGGUUGGUUCCGCACUGGUGAUAUUGGAGUAUUCACUGAAGACGGAAAGUUGUUUGUUAAAGGAAAGGCAGCAGAUGUUAUAAAAAGAGGUGGCAGAAAGAUUCGGAUCAGCGCUGUGGAGAUGGCAAUUAGUAAUUUUCCCGGGGUAAGAGAGACUGUCGUGGUAGCAGUACCGGAUGAACGUCUUCUGGAAGAUGUCUGCGCAUGUGUCAUCCUAGAAGAAGAUGACAAUAAUUCAGAACAGAAGUUACAACAAAUGUGCUGGGAUAAACUUGAGGAUAAUAUUAUGGGGGAUUCUCCAACGUUUUAUCUUAUGUUUAAAACCUUCCCCCGUUUUCACAAUGGCGAAAUAGAUAGAGUAAAUAUCAAGAAAGACUCCAUGGGAAUGUUAAAACUUAGAAACGUUUGA